AUGACAGUCCCGAAAGAGUCGAGAGACGGACCAUGGCCAAGGCCGGUCGCCGGCCGGCUGGCGUUUCCUGCCGCCGACUACCCGGGGAUCGAUCCCGACUGGGUCCGUCUUUGGAACGAGCACGGCGGGGGGAUGGUCAGGGCCGACGAGGUGAGCAUCGAACGAUACCGAGAGUCGCCGGCGCAGUACAGCUUCACGUAUCCGACUUGCAGAGGCCCCGACGUGUUCCAUGUGGAGGACCGUAAAGUCCCGGUCACACGCCCGGCUGGAAAGGUGACUGUGCGGAUCUACACCCCCGAAGGACCGGGUCCUUUUCCCGUGCAUCUCAACUUUCAUGGCGGCGGAUGGGUUCUGGGGGGGCUCAACAGCGAAGCUGCAUGGUGCCGGCACAUUUGCAACAAGGCCAACAUCAAGGUCAUCGACGUGGACUACCGCAUGGGACCGGAAUUCAAGUUUCCCACGGCAAUAUACGACUGCUGGGACACCGUCAAAUGGGCCGUCAAGCACGCAGCAGCCCUGAACAUAGACUCGUCAAGCGUGUCGUUCGGGGGACUCUCCGCUGGAGGCCAGAUGUCGGCCGUGCUGGCCCACUUUGCCAGGGACGAACAUGUGGCGAUCAAGCUGCACCUGAUGAUCGUGCCGGCGACGGACAUGAGGUAUUGCCGCCGCAGGAUCGAGCAGCUUGACGAGUCCAACUGCCCGUACGAGAGCGCCCGCUUGUACCGCGACCUUCCCUGGGGGCCCCUGGGACGCGAGCAGUGGUUUCUGAAAUACUGGCUCGGGGAUGACGACGACGAGCAGGAGAGGCUCCUCGACGAUUGGCGGCUCACGCCGGUGCUGGCGCCCGACUUGAGCAACUUACCCCCAGCCCACAUCGUCACCGCCGAGUUCGAUCUGGAGAGGGACGAGGGAGAACACUACGGGCGCCUCCUCCGGGACGCCGGCAACCGGGUGUCGAUGAAGCGGUACGCGGGGGUGCCACACGCGUUUGCGCACUUCAACCACCCCGAGAGGGGCCUCGCCAGGAGCUUCGAGUUCAUCGACGACACUGCCGGGCUGCUCAGGGCGGCCCAUUACGGGGACGGAGCGUAG